AUGCCGAGCAAACGAAAGCAACCGACAGCGAAGCAAACGGUGAAAACCGAACCAGCAGGUAGCUCGCAGGUCUCUGCAAGCUUUAAGGCUGAGCCCGAGUCGAAGACCCCUCCGCCCGAAGAAGAAGAAGAGGAUUUUCGAGUGGAGCCCUCGUGUGAGGUUCCACGUGCGCGGAACCCCAUCCAACCCGACUAUCCCGGUGCGUACACCAUGUCGUCAGAGGACAUCAUCGGAACCGACUCCCAUCUUGCGUACGUUUCACGCUGGCAUCGCAUGCGCGAGGAAGAGCGCCGUGGCUCAGUUUGCUUUCGAGUCGUGACAAACGACGGCUCCCGACCGGCGCUUGUACAGUUACUAGGUCUUAAGAAUGUGUUCGUUCGGCAGCUGCCGAAUAUGCCGCGACCCUACGUCGUGCGCCUUGUUUUCGAUCGGAAGCACGAGUCGCUGAUCAUGAUCAAAAAACUGCCCUCCGGCGAGGAGGUGGUCAUGGGUGGCUGUUGCUACCGUCCGUUCUCCGAGCAGCGUUUUGCUGAGAUCGCAUUUCUUGCCAUCUCCCACAGCGAGCAGGUCCGCGGUUACGGCACACGGCUCAUGGCACAUACAAAGGAACGCGCAAAGGCGCUCCAACUCACGCAUUUGCUCACCUGUGCAGAUAACAACGCCGUGGCUUAUUUUAAGAAGCAGGGCUUUAGUAAGAUCAUAACGCUACCGCCUGAACGUUGGCAAGGCUAUAUCAAGGACUACGAAGGCAUCGUGCUGAUGGAGUGCGCUCUGAACUACAAGGUCGAUUACUUGAACAUUCCGCCCUUGUUGAAAGCACAAAAACUAUGCCUCUUGGAGAAGCUGCGCGAGGUAUCCCGCUCGCAUAUCGUCUACCCAGGGAUUGAUGUGAAAAAGAUGAAAGGCAUUCGAAUCGAGGAUAUACCCGGGCUGCAGCACGUCGACCUGGAUCGAGUACCACCGCCAACCGCAGCCCACGGGACCCGCUCUGGCGUUAGCAGCGCGAAACCGCUCACGGCUGCUGCAGCAAUCGCUCGGGAACGCGACCCAGUGCAGUUAGCGGCACUGCAGAAGGAAUUGCAACAGGUUUUGAACCAGAUCAAAUCGCACUCGAGUGCGUGGCCGUUUCUGGAGCCGGUGGAUCCCCAGGAAACCGGUGCGUACAACUACUACGAAAUCAUUAAGAACCCAAUGGAUUUGCGUACGAUUCAAGAGCGCCUGGACUCUGGCUGGUAUUAUGUGAAUCGCGAUAUUUUUCUCGCUGACCUGAAUCGAAUGGUGAAAAACGCUAUUGACUACAAUGGGCCUGGUCAUUAUAUCAGCGAAUUGGCUCUUUCGCUCAAGCGCUUCUAUUCGAGCAAACUUUAA